AUGAUUCGAACAUCUAAUAAUUUUCUUAGUGAUGCAAAUAAAAAAGGUAAACAAUCAAGUAUCAAUCGACUUCCAAGUUUAUAUACUCAAUUAUUAGUUAAAUCUGAAAAUGAAUAUCAACGUGAAAUAAGUCGUAAAUUAGAUCAACUUCAAUGUUUUAAUCGUGAUACACAACGACGUCGCCAUGCUUAUGAUCAUUUAUUUACACAUGGACAUUUAUCAAAACGACGUCAAUGGUUUAAUUUAGAUAAAUCAUAUCGAGAUACAUGUCGAACAACAUGGAAUAAAGAAACUAUGAAUAAAAAUCGUACAAGUCAUAUAUUUGUACCAACAAUAUAUUCAUCAGAAAGUUCAUCAUUUAUACAAGAUUCUUUUGAAAUUCAAAAAAAUGAACAUCCUGUAAUAACUGAUGAAAAAAUUAAACGAAAAUUUUUACAUAUACAACCAGUUAUGUUAGAAAUUUUAAAUGCACCACAUUCAUCAAAACUUUUUAAACAUAAACAUGGAUUAGAAAUGCGUAAAAUAAGUGCACAACGACGACAAAAACAUAUACAAACAAAUGCAACUGAUGAUCCACGAUAUAGACAACUUGUUUCAGAAUUACAAAACAAUUGA